AUGUUUUCAAAUAUAGUUAAUAAAAAAUUAUUUCAAAACUCAACAACUACUUCUUUUUUAAGACAUUAUAGUACUAUAAAAAAUACAACAACAUCACCAAAAGGAUUUAAAACUGGUACAUAUGCAUGCGGAUUAAAAAAGAGUGGAGCAUUAGAUAUUUGUUUAAUUCAUUCAGAGAAAGAAUGUAAUGUUGCAGCAGUAUUUACAGAGAAUAAAGUUAAAGCAGCACCAGUUUUAUUAAGCAAGUCAUUAAUAGAGAAACAUAAAAACACUGGUUUCCAAUCUUUAAUUAUAAAUAGUGGUGGUGCUAAUGCUUGUACAGGUCCAGAAGGUGAAAAAAAUGCUCAAACAAUGUCUUUUUUAUCUUCAAAAUUGGUAAAUGCAAAACAACAAUCAUUAGUAAUGUCAACUGGUAUUAUUGGUCAACAAUUAGAUAUGAAAAAAGUUGAACUUGGUAUUACAAAAGCAUCUGAAAAUUUAAAAGAUGAUUGGUUAUCAGCAGCAAAAGCAAUUAUGACAACAGAUAAAGUACCAAAAUUAGUUCAAAAACAAAUUGAAAUUCAAGGUAAACAAGUUAAUAUUACAGGUAUUUGCAAAGGAGCAGGUAUGAUUCAUCCAAAUAUGGCAACAAUGUUAUGUACACUUUGUACAGAUGCAGAUAUUAGUGAGGAAGCAUUAAAGAGUGCAUUAAAACAUUCAAUUGAUUAUUCAUUCAAUAGUAUUAAUGUUGAUGGUGAUAUGAGUACCAAUGAUACGGUUGCAGUAUUUUCAAAUGGUUUGGCAGGUAACAAGAGAAUUGAUUCAACCAAUUCCAAAGAGUAUUUAUUAUUAGAGAAAGCAAUGAGAGAAUGUGCAACUGAAUUGGCUCAAAUGAUCGUCAGAGAUGCUGAAGGUGCAACCAAGUUCAUCAGUGUGGUAGUUAGAGGUGCUAAAACCGAAAAGGAUGGUAAAAUCAUUGCAAAUUCAAUUGCAACCUCUUCAUUGGUAAAGACAGCAAUGUAUGGUGAAGAUGCAAAUUGGGGUAGAGUUUUAGCCGCUGUUGGUUAUAGUGGUGCUGAUGGUGUUGUACCUUCAAAUAUUUCAAUGUGGUUCGCAUCUGGUUAUGGUGAUAAUAUUGGUAUCGGUCAAAAGAAUGAUCCUCUCAUUGCAAUGCAAUUCCUUAAAGAUGGUCAACCAACUCCAAAAGAUGAUGAAAAAGCUGCCAAAUUAUUAUCAAAUAAAGAUAUUAGUAUAAUUGUUGAUUUAAAUAAUGGUAAUCAAAAUUAUACUAUGUGGACUUGUGAUUUAACAGUUGAUUAUGUUAAAGCAAAUUCUCAUUAUAGAACUUAA